CGGCGUCUGCGGUUUGCUGCUCGGCGCUCUGGUGUCCUGAUGUAGUUCCCCCGGCUUCUUGUUGUCCGCCUCGGGCUGGGGGUGUGAGGGGUUGGGGGUUGCCGCUCCCCCUUCUUCAGGCUCUCUCCAACCCCUGCCCAGGCUAAGCCUGGCGCGGCCCCACCCUCUGACCCUGCGUUGCACAAUGCCCGAGCAAAGUCUCCAGGGGUGUGAACCCCGGCGUCCCUGCCCCUGGGCGGGAACCGGCGGCGGCCUAGCGGGGAGCCGAGGCGACGAGCGCGCAGCUGGCCUGGUCCUUGGUCCCCGACUCCUGGAGUCCCUUGGGAGCCGCUGCUGCAGAUCCCCUCGCCGCUAGGCCCCGCCGCCAGGCCCGCGCCGCAGCGGCAGCCAUGGCGGAAGUUCAUAGACGUCAGCAUGCUCGGGUUAAAGGAGAAGCCCCCACGAAAUCCUCCACACUCCGAGAUGAGGAGGAGCUGGGGAUGGCGUCGGCCGAAACGCUGACCGUGUUUCUGAAGCUGCUGGCCGCCGGCUUUUACGGCGUGAGCUCCUUCCUGAUCGUGGUGGUGAACAAGAGCGUGCUCACCAAUUACAGAUUUCCCUCGUCACUAUGUGUUGGACUUGGCCAGAUGGUGGCCACAGUGGCAGUUCUUUGGGUGGGAAAGGCACUCAGAGUAGUCAAGUUUCCUGACUUUGACAGAAAUGUACCUCGAAAGACGUUUCCACUACCUCUUCUAUAUUUUGGGAACCAAAUCACGGGACUGUUCAGCACAAAGAAACUGAACCUGCCAAUGUUCACAGUUCUGAGAAGGUUCUCCAUCCUGUUUACAAUGUUUGCUGAGGGAGUUUUACUCAAGAAGACUUUUUCUUGGGGUAUUAAAAUGACUGUAUUUGCAAUGAUUAUUGGAGCCUUUGUAGCUGCCAGCUCUGACUUGGCAUUUGAUCUGGAAGGAUAUGUUUUUAUUCUGAUAAACGAUGUCCUGACAGCAGCAAAUGGUGCAUACGUCAAACAAAAAUUAGAUUCAAAAGAGCUGGGAAAAUAUGGACUGCUCUAUUACAAUGCACUCUUCAUGAUUCUGCCCACCCUGGCCAUUGCAUAUUUCACAGGAGAUGUACAAAAGGCUAUGGAGUUUGAAGGCUGGGCUGACACCCUCUUUCUUCUGCAGUUCACCCUCUCCUGUGUGAUGGGGUUUAUCUUAAUGUAUGCCACGGUACUCUGCACGCAGUAUAAUUCUGCUCUUACAACUACAAUAGUUGGAUGUAUUAAGAAUAUAUUAAUAACUUAUAUUGGAAUGGUUUUUGGUGGAGAUUAUAUUUUCACGUGGACAAACUUCAUUGGCUUAAAUAUCAGCAUUGCUGGGAGCCUGGUGUAUUCCUAUAUCACUUUCACUGAAGAGCAGCUGAGCAAGCAGUCAGAGGCUAGUAACAAGCUGGAUGUUAAGGGGAAAGGAGCAGUGUGACCAGAGGAUUGCUUCAUCUACAUAGGCCUAAGUUUUAAUCAACUCAGAACACUGGCAAUUCCUACAGAGACACUGAGGUGUCUUGAUUAUGGAGGAAAUACCAUUCCUUUGCACAUGUACAAUCUGAGGAUUGAUUGCUGCCUUUUAAAAUUUUAUGAUGAGAGAAACUUAUAAUUGACUAUUUUAAAUACGUUGUUUGAAUUAAUUUAUAUCAGACUGGAAAAUGUACUGGGCUUUUUAAUUUAUUUUUCUUCUAUGCCGAUGGUGAAACAUCAGUGUUUUGAAAGUAUUUUAUUUCAUAAUUUGAUAUCCAGGUGUCCCUGAGAGCUGCAUAUAUAAUGUUUUCCAACUGGAGCUUCCUCAUUCAAAUUGUUGCUGCAUCUGGAGGCAGUUUAGCCUUUCCUCUGCUGGAAAUGCAGACAAAUAUGUGAAAUUUCUCUUCUUUGAAUCUUUUUUCUUAUGAUUGCAUUGUCUUCAUGUCAUCAUUGCAUUUGCCAAAGAGAACAACUUUGGCACCCUAAAAAUAUCUGGGGCUUUGAAGUGUAUUGCUAUCUAUGUUGGCUUCCCUGCCAUUCAUGGGAUGAGCAGAGUGCAUUCCUUGGAAAUAUGUUCUUUUUUGUUGUGUAGAAAGGGGAGAAUGAAGGGCAUGAGGAAGUAGGCCUUUUACUCAUUUAUUCAUCUGUUUGAUUUAUUGAUUCAACUAAAAUGUUGUAAGUGUAUGUGCCAGGCAUUGUGCUAAAGGCUGGGGAUACAGAGAUGUUUGUGUAGGUAGUUGAAACAUCUCACUGCUGCCAUAGUGACUGAGGUAAGAUUGAGGAUUUAGCUCUGUUAAUCGAUUCAGAAGAUGUCACUAGGAGUAAGUUGUUGUAGCACUCAAAAGCCGCAAAUCUGGAAAUUGGAUUAAAAGUACCUGCCUACCUACCCUGCAACAGCAUGAGUCCAAAUGCAAUGUGAGAUGAGGUACAAGAGCUGCAUUUUGUAAACCAGUGUAGCUCAGCAUUAACUCCCUCUCCAAGUGAGAAUGUCAUAUGGUAAGUCUAUUUUCCCAUGCCUCCUUCCUUUGGUUGGUUGCUUUUUGUAUCAAUAUGAUGAGGUCCCACAUUUCUGAAUCUAUUGGUUUGAGGGGAAAGGCUGGUUAGACAUCUUGGUAUUGUCAAGGGUUGGUUUUUCUCUGUCAGUUUCAGUGUUAGAGUGCCAUCACCUUCCUUCUUAAAUAACAUGAGCAAUGAGCAAACUUCCCUCCUUUCAACAUUCCCACCUACGUCAUAGGCCCCUUGGAUGACUUACUGAGCUUGCCAACUUCUCUCAGAACCAAUGCUGCAUUUUGGGAGAGCAGCUGUGAAUGGGAAUUGCUUAAAUUGCCUCUUGGGGUAAUCUGGAGGGUGGAGGUGUUAAAUAUAAUCCUGUGACUUGACUCAGAGAUAUCCAUUGACUUUUGGGAUUAGUGUGUUUGCUCAGGCCAGUUGUGCAGUGUGCGAGAGAUUAGGCACCUUUGUACUAAGGCACACACUAGUACCUUAUUGGGUUUGGAAUCCACUGGACUCUGUUGACCUAAACAAUUAGGGUUUUCAUUUUUUUUUAAUUUGAAAAUUUAUAUUGAGAUCAUUUUCAUAUUCCUGUCUUUCUCUUUGGUUUGUCUUUAUUAAAGCCUGGCUCGUGGUGCUGUGUUCCUAGAAUUAUGCCUGUUGCCAGCUCCCAAGUUAUAAGCUCCAUUAAGAGCCUUAGACUCACUUUUUUCUAGCAUCUUCUGAUCUGAGAAAAUUCCACUGGGAGUGAAGGACAUUAUCUUGUGUCGGAUGGGUCUUACUCUCCCUAUUUUACCAAUGAGAAAACAAAACUCAGAGAAAGGUGACUUGCUAAUACAUCAAACUCAUGUCCUUUUUAUUGAACUAUGCUGCCAUUUGAUUAACUGCCCUUCCCCUCUGAGGGAGUAAGGAAAUAGAUGCUAGCUGAGUUCACUUGAGCUUUUUCAAAAAAGCAAGCAGUUGAUUAAAUUUGGUGUCAAGAGAGGAGCAUACUUUUCAGAUCAGCAAGAGUGACAGGUUACCCUGUCCUGGAACCUUAUCUCACUUCCAGGCUGACCUUAGUUGGUAAUGCCCUUCUUUCUAGCUGUAAAUGUUGCCAACACUUCCUGGUUUUGCCUAGGUACAGUGAAAGGGCAUAGUGAGAGCUGUUUUUAGUGAUUCUGUUCCUUUCGUCAGCAACACAAAGGAGGGAAAUUUGAAUAAUUUUUGUUAUAGAAUAUUUCUUCAUGAAAGGCUUUUGGGUGUAUUUAACAGGUGUUGGGCUAGAGCCCCACCAGGAGUUGAACUGCCUCUUGGGAGUCAGGUUCCCUAGGAGAUCUGUCACCUCUUAGGAGUAUUUGAGAAAACCAUGUGUAGUUAUACCUUCACUAAAUGCCCGUGACAGGCUUCUGUGCCUUGGGAGCCCUGGCUUAUGUGGAAACUUCUAUCUGACCAGAGCAGUACAGCAACUUACAGCUUCUGCCCUGUCUGUGUGCUGCUUCCUGGAUGCCUCCUUCAGCUGCUAACCAGCAAUACAAGAUGGAGCAGCCUGUGCACGCUGGAGACAAGAGUAGUCUUUUGGAGUUUGUAUUUUGAUUAUUGCAGGCAUGGUAUGUUAUACUGGUGAUUUACCUGGCACUGUGGCAUCUCCCAGAAUGUCUGGAUUUUGCCUCAUGGUUGAUAUUUACUGGGCAGAAUUUCUUUGUCCUGCUAACUACCUCCUGGGAGAAACAGAGCAAUACAGAGUUAAAUCCUUAAUUUUCUCAUUGAAACAGAUGAGCAGUCUUCCAAAUUUGUCUUCCAAAAGACAAGUUCUAUGACUAGUGGAUCCUGUUCAAUGUAAGUGAAGUCCUCUUUGACCAAUCUGCUUCUAAUCUAAUCAAUGCUAAAUGGAUUGGAAUAACCCUAGUUAGCCUGGCUACACAUUGCCAACAUGUCUCAUUGAGUUUUAAUUGUCCCAUGUGGCUGUGGAUUUUAUAAGUCAGUCAUUUAUAGGCUCCAGUUUGUACCUAGUUUUUAAAAAAAGUACAUUUACGUGCUUUUGGUAGUCCUGUUGUAUCAGGAAUCCAUGGAGGGUUUUGGUCAGUAAAGCUGAUGGAGGAUCCUCAUUGAGAGACAGUGAAGUUUCACAUUGAAUUGGUUUGAAGUGGCACCCCAGGACUUUGGCCCUGCCUUACUUUACAGCCUUUUUCAGUGAGCAAAGAUUAAGUAGCUGUUGUAUGCCAAGCAUUUUGCUAAGCACUGGAAAAAAGAUAAGGCAUGGUUCUUGCUCUCAAGGAGUGUGUAAUUAUUUAGCCGGACAUGGUAACCUGGACCCUAAGUGGGAGAAGGGAGACAGAUGAAAGGAGUCAGUGAUUUUGUAAACAAGAGCUGCCUGCAUAGUUAUCAAUAUCACUGAUUUUAGGGGUGCCCCACAGAGCUAGAGCAUUUUUUUAAAAUCCGAGAUGACUUUCAUAAUUCAUAUUAAUCUUCUAGCUCUUAGCAACACAGUUCUUAGAAUUCUAUAAGUAGCGUAAGGUCUCCUCCACUACUGUACAUGGUCUUGCUUUUCCAAAACUGUAAUUUUGGUUCUUUCAUUGAACAAGACUGUAAUUGAUUUUUCUCUCUUUGAGGGAAAAAUAUCCAGAAUAAAUGAGAUAAUGGAUAUGAAACUACUUAGUACAAUGCCUAGUACAUAUUAGGCACUCAGCAAAUGUGGCUACCAUGUCAUUAUUUCAUGGUGAGAUGCGAGGCAAAACAGGAUUCUUAAUUUAUGCUCUGUAAAUGCUAGAGGGCCGGGCAAUAUGGUAUAUCCUGAAAAACAUGACCCUGUACCUCACUGCCUCUAGAAUCCUUAGGUAACAAGUUUCUGUUCACUGUCUUUUUAAAAAAUAUCUACUGGACACAAUUGUGACCAUUAUGUGAUGCAGGUGAUUCUACCUAUUUUUUUUAAAAAGAACAAAAUUGCUUUUAUAUUAUGAUGGUACAUUUCCUUUAAUAAAUAAAGUUAUUUAUUUUCUUCUCCCUUUUCCCCCUCCUUUUUUUUUUGAGAAGGAUCUUGCUCUGUUGCCCAGCCAGGCUGGAGUGUAAUGGUAUAAUCAUAGCAGCUCACCACGGUCUCAAACUCAUAGGCUCAGGUGAUCCUCCUGCCUUAGCCUCCUAAGUAGCUAUGACUAUAGGCAUGUGCCACAUUAUACCUGGCUCAUUUCUUUCUUUUUCCUGCCCCAAACCUUUUUUUUUUUUUUUUUUUUUUUUUUAAAUAAAGACAGGGUCUCACUGUGUUACCAGGCUGGUCUCGAACUCCUGGCCUGAAGUAACCCUUCUGUCUUAGCUUCUGAAAGUGCUGGGAUUACAGGUGUGUGCCAUGUGUCUGGCUAGAAUAAUUAUUUUCUAUCUUAAUGGAAGAUGAUUACAUUUUAGAAUGACAAUUCAGUUAAAUCUUUCUCAGCUUUUCACCUUAGGAUGGCUCCUGCAAAGGCCAGCAUUCCUUUUCCCCUCUCUGAAUUGAAAGCACUUGACUCCAUGAUGCCCCUGCUUCCAGGUCUGUCUCAGUUGUUAUAUAUAGUGAGUCCCUGGCACCAUCACUGUUCUUUAAACCAAUCUUCUAGGUCUUACUUUCAGGAUGCUGCUUCACGGUAUGAGGAGAUAGUUUACAGUGUGGCAGUUUUGUUUUUUUGUUUUAAAGCUUUGUUCUUUGAAAAUACGUUUUUAAGAGAAAUCUACUGGUUAGAUUUAUUGUUUCACAAAAAUGUUUUUAGAGAUUAUUUUUUUCACAAGUGUUUCCUUUCUCAUGCUGAUGGAUCAACUGAUAUUUGUCUACAGUUGUUAGCCUGUCACAGUAUUUUUUAAUUUUAGAAUCUAUUUACUAAAUGACCAUUUUAGUGUUAAAAGGUACUGAGGAAUUGAGGUAUGUAAAUCAGGUGACAUAAACAUGAAAAUUAUGUGCCUAAAUAUUUUUGUAAUGGUGUAAAAUAAAUACUUUUUAUUGAAAACAA